UGCCUACCUGUUGGCGGCGACCGCUGCAGGCCCUUUUCACGAAAUUCUACUCUGUGUGAGUGAGCUUGGGCUUGCAGUGCUGGAGUGAUCGUGUUCGAGUGCAGUGUCAGUGUUGCGCGCCGGGAAAUGCGGCGCGAGUGCUGAGACCGCUGAAAGCUCCGACGACGCGAUGGGCCGCCCGUGGGCCGCUCAGGGCCCGCUGCUGCUGCUGGCCGCGCAGGCCGUCGCAGCACAGCAGCAGGAGUGCUUCACCGGCGGCGACAUCGUCGGCGCCGUCGUCGGCACGGUCGUCGCGCUGGCGUUGCUCGCCGCCGCUGCCUACUUUUUCUGGAAGUACUAUUGGACCAGGAGACAGGACGGUAAAACGCUGACCCUUGUUACUAAUGACCCAGAGGCAGGCCUGACUGACGACCACUACGCCUUCGAUAAUCCUGGCUUCCUCACGGAAGACAAUUCACCCCAGAAGAAAACACCUCUAAAGACAUCUUCAAAUGAUGGUAGAUCGACAAUUGAAAGAAAUAACAUCAACUCUGAUAAUAAGAAGGGCGGAAAAGUUCAAGGAAAAUGGCAAGCGUGGGCUCCGUUCUCGGCUUUCGUCGGCGGCAGCAGCGGAAAGGGGAAACACAACUCCUUCAAAGCAAUGGACGACUCGUUUGUUGGAGAGCCAGAGCGAGAUUUCGUUCCUCUCAGGGGCCACGAUUUUACCGGGCUGGGAUUUAAUAUUUGCGGCAACAUGCGAGAGGGAAUUUACGUUCGAGACGUUCUGCACCGCGGCCCGGCCUCUGAGUCAGGACGAAUUGCAGCAGGGGACAGAAUCGUUAGCAUCAGUAUAUCGCUGCGGCACAUGGUGUUCGAGGACGCGCUUACGAUUCUCAGUUACGCCUCGCCCUACGACGUUCAGCUUGAAAUCGAAAAGCGGCCGCAUGGGAGGACGAUCAGAGAAUCUGGCAGCGGCAAAAGGUCGCCGUCGGUUGGGCCUCCUGACAGGUUGUGCCAUCCGUUCUACCGUAGCCAAUCCAUUGAUGACCUCAAUAAAAUGAGGAUGUCAAGCAUGGGUGCCCGGCAGGCCAAAUUGAAAAAGUCUGAAAAUCCAGCAUCGACAACAAGCGUUGUGAGCACCAUGGACCGCAAAGAAACGGCAAAGCUGGAGAGGGAAGCGGCACCAGCAACCAAGUCAAAUGUGUCCAUGCAGAAGCCUGAACGGUCUAAAAAGCCAACUACUUCAACGACGUCUCUUGGGUCCGAGAAGAAGCCGCCGACGUCGGCAGAGAAAAUGGCCAAGUUCGGCGUCAAGGUUCUGCCCUUCAAUCUGACGAGUGAAUUGGGUCAGAAACUGGAGCCGAAGGCAGCCACCGAGAUGAGCCAAAACGAGCAGAACAAGAAAAUAGAGGAGGAGGAGGAGGAGGAGGAGGAGGAGGAAGUUGUGCACGAGAUGGCCGUGGACGUGCCGGACAAAAUGAUCCAGGUUGUCAACGAAAUGAAGCACAAGGUCGAGCAGGAGAAGCACAACAUCCCGACGGAAAUGCCUGAGGAGAUGAGGCUGGCGGCUCAGGCGGCCGUCAGCCACAGAAAGAGUCUGAAAGAAAUCCCGGCGAUGGCGGCGGAGGAUGCCGAGCAGCAGAUUUCCAUCGAGGAGAACGACAGGAAGAAGAGGCGUGCUCCGCCACCUCCAGUGGCGACUGCGUUCUCGGACAUGCAGCUGAAAUUCGAGGAGAAUAUGUCCAAGGCCGAGGAGGUCCUGGACGCGGAGCAGGACAAGCCGGUGACCAUCGAGCUGGGGUCGUCGCAGGUGACCAUCCACCAGGCCGGCAAGGAGGAGCAGCAGCCGGAGGUGGCCAGUCCUGGCAAGGGGAGGGAGCGAAAGGCUGCCUCCCUGGGUGACCUGUCCCGCUUCGACACGGACCAGCCGAUGAGCAUCCCCCUGGAGAGGGCCGUGUCGCUGGACAUGGUGGACGUGAACGAGGUGGAGCGGAAGCAGCAGGUGGCGCCGGUCGUCUCGGAGACGGCCAUGACGGACACGAGCAUCGAGGAGGAGGACGAUGACGAGUUGACGCCGACCAACACGCCGCUGCAGCGCAAGGAGCCGCUGACGGUGACGGACGUGCUAGCGGGCGCGUCGGACACGUUCAACCGCAGGCUGAAGAAGUCGUCGCAGUGGGGCACCCUGGAGGAGGCCCUUAGCAUCGAGAAGCAGCAUGAGCUGAAGACGGUGAUCGCCGUGGAUGAGGAGUCGUCCGGUCCGGCCAGCAUCACCUACAUCACGCCUGACGACGCGCCCGCCGCGCCACCCAGCCCGCCCACGUCCCCUCCGCCGACGGUCACCUUCGUUAGCACAGCCUCCCCCACAGUGCAGCACGUCACCGAGAUCCAGGUGCUGUCUAUGGGCGACAACGCCAUCGACUUCCCCUCGUCCACCACCAUCAGACACGGCACCAGCGGCGGCAGCCUCCUUGUCGUCCAGUCGAGGGAUCCGCCAGACGAGGCGCCGUUCACCAACAACCACCACGACGGGGAGGCCGACGACAACGAAAAGUUUGAAUCCGACACUGACGUCCAGGUGAUGGCGACCAACGUGACCGUCACUCCGGUCAACCUGGAGAAGGAGGUGAUGCAGAUUUCGGCCGCUGAGCUGGACGACAUCAUGAUGUCGCACUCGAGCUACCUCAAGACGGCCGACAACCAGUUCAACACGUUUGAGCAGUGGGUUUUCCUCGAACCGCCGACCUCAGACGAGAACAGUAAAAACGAAAUCAUCCCCCCGGUUGUGAAUCACGAAACGAACCACAAGGAAUUUCAAUCAAAAUAACCGUGCUCUUCCAUCUUAAUUGUUGAUUUGUGAGACAAAUUUUGCUCAAGCCCUGCGACGGCUUAUAAUAUUUGUAAAUAAUUUAUUUUUUUGUGUAUUAAUCAAACGCCAGAAUAAUUAUAAUUAUAUUAUACAAAA